AAAAUCGAUCAUGCAAACAUUAUUUAAUGAAAAACAGCCAACAAAUAAUAAUCCUGUACAAAUGAAGACAUUUUGUAAUAUGUUUCAUUUUAUUGUUCUCUACGUGUAUGCAAAAUCCUGCUGAACAAACGUGUUCUCGGCUAUUUAAUCAAGAUUAUUUUACCUUAUUGAGAUAUUAGUUGAAAAAAUGGAAGGAAAUACUUAUUAUAUAGAAACUACAUUUAUGAAAUAUGAAAAUCCACAAUUUUUGUGGCCUGUUCAACAAUUUCAUUCUAAUACAAUAUUAAUGUCACCCGUGUUUCUAUUACCGUCUUGUACAUAUACAGCUACGAUGGAGCAUACUGGUCGUAAUCUAACUUUACAAUUUGAUUUUGACGAGAAACAAUAUGGCGGAUAUUUAAAUGUUGUAUAUUCUUUGUUAGAUUGUUGUCAAAAGACACAGAUUAUAAAUGGGACCAAUAAAUCAAUCAUAUAUCAAAACUUGUCUUCAUUUUACAGCAAAUUUGAUCUGUCACUUAAAGUCACUCAUAUGCUUCCUGUAACUAAACAAUUGCCCAAUUUCAAGAUAAAACAUAUACGAGAAAUAAUGAGACAUAUAAGUUCAUUACAUUUUAAUUCUGAAUUAAGCGAUUUAACAAUAUGCGUUGAAGAUUCAGUAUAUCCUGUGCACAAAUGUAUACUUGGAGCACAUAGUCCUGUAUUUGAAAAUAUGUUCACAUUUGGAAUGAAGGAACAGAAAGAAGACAGAGUUUAUAUAACUGAUUUAACAAAAGGAACAUGUACUUCUAUGUUGUCUUAUAUAUAUACUAAUAGACUUGAAGAUUUAGAUAAUAUUGCAAGUGAACUUAUUUUUAUAGCUGACAUGUAUAACAUACUAGAUUUGGUAAAAUUAUGUAAAGGUGCUUUGAUCAAACAAAUGAACGAGGAGAAUGUAUUCGACACUCUUGUUAUUGCAGAUAAAUUACAUAUGCAUGAUCUAGAAUUACGUUGUCUUCAAUAUAUAGCGCACAACAAGACCAUUAUUCAUUCAAGCAAGGAAUAUGAAGAUAUAAAGAAAUAUCCAAAUAUAGUAGCAAAAAUUUUGGAUUACUUCAUGGGCUAAAAAUACUUUAUUGUUUUACCAAAAUCUUAGUGUAUUAAAUUGAUAUGAAUAAAAUUAAAUAAAUUUCUUUUCUAUAAUUUUA